AUGGACAGGUUUCGGGGUGCUUUGCGCAAUUCGGAUCGGCGCUGGUCAUUGACAAAGGAGCGCAGUAGCUCGCAGACACGCUCUUUCCAAGUCCAUGAUGUUAAAAAGCUACCAGACCCUAUCAUCGCCUUGUACAAAUACGCACCCAUCGGUCACCGAGAACUUCGCCUAGUCGAACUCCAGCCAGCAGGGGAAGAUAAUGCCAAGGAAAUCCACUGCAAGAUCCAGUAUUGCUCCCUUGACUCAUGUCCCCUGUUUACGGCAGUGUCGUAUACGUGGGGGCCUGCCUCGACCCCCGAGAUCGUUUACGUUGAGGGUAAGGUCUUGAAGAUCAGGAAAAAUCUAUUCAGAGUGCUACGCGACCUGCGACGCGAUGAGCCCCGCCUUUUGUGGAUUGACGCGCUGUGUAUCAACCAGCAUGAUCUCGAAGAACGCAUGGAGCAGGUCAAAAUCAUGGGGGACAUAUACGCCAGAGCUAAUUAUGUCAUGUCUUGGUUAGGGGGUGACUUCAAAGAUCCUCAUCUCGCUGCGAAUAUCCUGGAUCGUUACGCGAGGGAACUGCCUCUGCCACCGGACACGGAUGAGCACGCAUGGAAGUCGAUCGAGGAACUUUAUACACGAGAUACCUAUUGGAGUAGGCGUUGGAUUGUUCAGGAGAUCUUGCAAGGAAACAGCGUCGUUAUCCAUGUCGCAGGUUUCGAGUUUUCACUGACAACUAUGGGCGAGUUUGCCCUCGAUAACACAUUCCCUUGGCCGCAGGAUUCUUACGCAACUUCAGUGCGCGUUAGGCUACGGCAAACACUACCUGUGCAAGUCCACGAACAACGGUUGGGUCGCAGACAGCUACUCACAAUGACCGAGCUGCUCCUCGCUUACAGAGACACACAGUGCGCUGAUCCUCACGACACAGUAUUCGCGCUACUGUCGUUAACGCCGAGGAUUGCAGCUCAUAUCAACGCUGGCUAUGAAACUAGCAUCAUUGAUUUGAUGGUUGAAGUACUGAGAAUUUCAUGUCGACUUGAAUCGUUACCUCCCCAUCGGAUCAUCAGCUUUGCCGCAUUCCUACGGCGGCAGUUUGAAAUUGAUCAGGCCAGUCUCCACGAUCACAUCACUCAAUUUCAAGCAUCUGGUGCACAGCCUUUGCAAGGACUCAAAGCAGAAGUUAGAGUUCGAGGAGUUGCCACCAGUCACCUAUCGGUGAAGCAGGAGCAAGUCAUUGUAACCACUCGAGCAAAGGCACGCCCACUUUAUCAGCUCGACGCUAUUCCGCUGGAGGGAAACCUGGUGGAAGGCGUCUAUCGAAUGUCCCGCCGGAGAUCUUCCCUGACAGCCGAGAAGUCUGUGCGAGUGUCUAGCCAAGAUCUAUGUGCAUUUGGCUGGCAGAGUCCUGAGGGUAACUCCUUCUUCGGGUCUAACAACCCAAACGUUGGACUGGCUACGACACCUAUACAGUACGGAGACGAGGUAUGGCAGUUCCAGGACACCGACGUUGCACUCAUCAUCCGACACCACAAUACUGGAUGUUCUGCGGUAGGUCGCGCACAACUCUACCAGAAACCGCCUCAUCUGGACAGGCUUCCUUCUUCAGAGGUAGAGCGCAACUUUCUCAGCCGUGCUUGGCGGGGCAAUGCGCCUGCAGGCAGUACGAGGAACAUUCAACUAGAUGUGCCAUUGUUACUGCAGCUGAUAUUGUGGGUUGAAGCAGGGACAGAGUGA